AUGGAAAAAAUCAAGUAUCGUGCAGUGAUUGAAUUUUUAUUUUUUGGAGGUUUAAAAGUAAAGGAAAUUUAUGAACGAAUGUUGAAAGUGUAUAAGGACUCUUCCCCUUCAAUUAGUACAGUACAAAGAUGGGUUGCUGAAUUUAAACGUGGUCGUACAAGCCUAGCAGACGAUCCACGUCAAGAUCGUCCAAAAACAGUAACAGCCCCAGAAAUCGUGGCAAAAAUACAGGAUAUGGUAUUGCAACAUCGUCGAGUGACUGAAAGAGAUUUAGUAGAAGCCCUAGGGAUCUCAUUGGGCAGUAUAACCAAUAUCUUGACUGAAGUAUUGGGUUUCAGGAAACUGUGUUCACAAUGGGUCCGAAUUCUCUAA